UUUUUUUUUUUUGUAUAUUGAGUGCAUAAAUAAUGUCUGAUCAAAACGAUGUAGAUGCACUAUUUGAAGACGAUCCAGGAUCUUUGGACGAAGUCUAUGAUGAAGACGAUGCAGAAGAUCUUCGACUUGAUGAACUAGACACGAAAGUCUGGCUUGUUAAAGUCCCUAAAUUCUUGGCAGAUCGAUGGAGAAAUGUAGAUGAAGAUAAUGUUAGACUAGGAAGCAUUCGUAUCUACAACAAAGUGCCACCAGGAAAACCAGCUAAUAUUGAACUUGUCUUGCCAGAAGAAGAAGCAGUGUCUGGACUUCCAAGGAAAUACAAUAUUCAAAUCACACCAGGCGAAGUACAGAAUAAGUUUGUCUUCUCAGAACAUGCGAAUGGAGGCAAAGCCAUUAGUGGCACAAUUCAUCAUGAAUGUACAGCAACACCUUCUGAAGCAAGUGCUUAUCGAGACAUCAUGCGAAAACGUGUGAGAGAGGCAGGCACACCUCAAAGAUCAGUACAGCCUAUUGGACAGACCAAUCAACCGAUGUUUGUUCCUGGUGCAAGCAGUGGUAUGCCCAACAGUAACUUUUCUGACUUUGUUACAACCAAGAAACCUAAAUUGGAUAAAGAAAAAGCAACACGUAUGCCUAGAAAUGAACUUAUGGACCUUUUGUUUGCUGCAUUUGAUAAAUUCCCUUAUUGGUCAUUCAAGGGUAUUGUUGAACAUACAAAGCAACCCAAUCAAUACCUGAAGGAAGUAUUAAGUGAGAUUUGUAUUCUCAACAAGCGUGGUCCUUAUGCUGGUAACUACCAAUUGAAGCCCGAAUUCAAACAAAGAUUAUCUGCAGCUGAGAGACAAAAUAUGACAACCAAUGUAGAAGAAGCUAUUUCUACAGAUGAAGAUGAAGAUAACGAAGAAAUGGAAGAAGUUAGAUUGUAGAAAAAAUUUUUCUGUCCUUUUUUUUUUUUGUAUAUGCUGAGAUUGAAAAAUAUGAAGAAAUCUGUUUGACAGCACUUUGGAAAUGUUAAAAAAAAUACUAGUUUCAAUUAGGUGACGUUGAAUAGCCUAAUAGGGUAAAGCAAGCUUUUUUUAUAAAAAAAAAAAAAAAAAAAAAAA